AUGGUUUACAUUCCUUCUCUUUCUUCUUCCCUUGCUCUCAUUACUGUCCUUGCUUCUGCUGCUCAAGCUGCUACUUGUACUGUCGCUACUGGUGGUGAUGCCGCCAAGAGCAUUGUUAGUGCUUUCAAGAACUGUAAGAACGGUGGUACUGUCGUCUUCUCUAAAGGCGCUACCUACAACCUCAAGUCUCUAGUCGAAGUCGAAAACCUCAAAAACGUCAAAGUUCAAUUCUAUGGUACCAUCAACUUACCUGGUUUUAACAAAAGCCAUGCUGGCAAGAACAGCUACUUCCGUAUCAAGGGUGACAACAUCCAUUGGGAUGGUGGUAACGUUGGUACCUUCAAUGGUAACGGCCAAAAAUGGUGGGAUGCUGAAAACAGAAAGGCCCCUACUGUCUUCAGAAUUCAAGCUACCAACUCUUACUUUGGAAAUUUCAAGAUCAUCCAAUCUCCUCGUGCCCAUGUUGGUAUCACUAGCUCCAGCAAGGUUAUUCUCGACAAGGUCACUUUGAAGACUGUCUCCAAGAGCUCCAAGCCUGCCAAGAACACUGACGCUGUUGAUAUCUCCAACUCUGACAACAUUACCUUCACUAACUCUGAUCUUACUGUCGGUGAUGAUUGUACAGCCAUGAACAACGAUGUCUCUAGCAUCAUCAUCAAGAACGUCAAGUGUAACGGUGGCCACGGUUUCAGCAUUGGUUCCCUUGGCAAGGGUGGAUCCAGUGCUACAGUCAAUGACAUUACUAUCCAAAAUAGCAGCUGUACCAACUGUCAAAACGGUAUUCGUAUCAAGACCUGGCCUGGUGGAAAAGGCUCUGUUAGCGGCGUCAAGUUUGAAAGCGUCCAGCUCGAUAAUGUUGAGAACCCUGUUCUCAUCACCACUCACUACUGUGACAAGAACCAAAAGUCAUACUGUAAUGGUAACGACAGCCACUCCUUGACCAUCAAGGAUAUCACUAUCAAGGACAUCAGCGGCUCCACCAGCAGCAAGAAAAGCAACCCUGCCAUCAGCAUCAACUGUUCCAAGAACACACCCUGUUCUAACUUCAAGAUGUCUAACGUCAACAUUUCUAAGCACUCCAAGACCAAGAAGAAUGAAUGCAUCAACCUCUCUGGCUCUAGCAGCAUCUCUUACUGUAAUCAAUAA